AUGGCGAGAUCCGCCGUCGUUCAGGAGUACCAAGCUCCUGGGCGGAUAGAAGAGAAUACUCUGACCUUGGACGACAAGAUUCAGCGCGAAAUCGAAAAGAAUGGAAUCGUGCGGCCGAAAGGCUACACUGUUUCGUUCCAUGCGAAUUCCUCGGUCGAGAAGUUUCACUUUGGCCAAUCCCACCCCAUGAAGCCAUGGCGAUUGACUCUUACGAAACAACUGGUCAUGGCAUAUGGCAUGCAUACCGCUAUGGAUCUCUACCUCACGCGCGCAGCGACCAGGGAAGAAAUGGCCGAGUUUCAUACGGAAGACUAUCUCGACUUUCUCAAACGAGUCACACCGAACAACAUGCUACUCGAGCCUAGACUCGCUCAAUACAAUAUCGGAGACGACUGUCCCAUUUUCGACGGGCUAUACGACUACGCUUCUCUCUACACCGGCGCAUCUCUCGAUGCCGCGCGAAAGCUGUGCAACGAACAGUCCCAGGUCGCCAUCAACUGGUCUGGCGGACUCCACCACGCCAAGAAAACAGAAGCCUCGGGCUUCUGCUACACCAACGACAUUGUCCUUGCUAUCCUGCAGCUGCUCCGAUACCAUCCGCGCGUCUUGUACAUUGACAUUGACGUGCACCACGGCGACGGCGUCGAGCAAGCAUUCUGGUCCACCGAUCGAGUCAUGACCCUGUCGUUCCACAAAUACGACAAGGACAACUUCUUCCCCGGCACCGGCCCCCUCUCCUCCACUGGGCCCGAGAACCCGCUCAACCCCGGCGCGCACCACGCCCUGAACGUGCCCCUGCACGACGGCAUCGAGGACGAAGACUACGUCUGGCUGUUCAAGCAGAUCGUCGAGCCCUGCGUCGGCGCCUACCAGCCCAGCGUUAUCGUGCUGCAAUGCGGCGCCGACUCCCUCGGCUGCGACCGCCUCGGAUGCUUCAACCUCAACAUCCGCGCGCACGGCCGCUGCGUCGAUUUCGUCAAGCGGCUCAACUUACCCAUCCUCGUCUUUGGCGGCGGCGGAUAUACCCCGCGCAACGUGGCCCGUCUGUGGGCCUACGAGACGAGCAUCUGCAUCGGCUGCUCCGAGCAGCUCGACGAGAAACUCCCCGCCCAUACUCCCGCCCUCGCCCACUUCGCUCCAGAUAACACAUUGUUUCCUCCGCUGUCUGAACAUGGACGUUUCGAGAAUAAAAAUUCCCGCCAGUACCUCUGGAGCUUGGUCGAGGGCAUCCAUAAACAGCUCGCGUACUUGGAGAGCGCCCCCAGCGUCAUGAUGCAGCAUAUCCCCCCCGACUUGGGCGGAAUCCGCGAAGACGUCGAUCGCGAGAUCAAAGAAGAGCGAGAAGAUGGUGACGAUCGUUAUCGAAAGCAAAACGAAACUGGUGCAGGCACCUUGGGUGAAUUGGUUGAUUAGUGCUUCCCUGCUUCCCUGCUUCCCCCGGCUCGUGCAACUCGGGGCUUUAUUGCUUCAGC